AUGGAGACGGAACCUAUUUACUGUGCUGAGCAGAUUGUGCUUCCGGCGGGCCUGGAUGAGGUACUAAAGAAUUUUACCAAGGAGGCCAUCCGCAACCAACCGCAUGACCUGGUGGACUUUGGCGCCACCUAUUUUGCCGCCCAGGCGACCUUGCACAAGAACCUGCACGCCGUUGAAAUUCCUACGCAGCAGCAGCUGAGGGACGCGUUUGAGUGCCUGCGUGCCACACCCACGGGGCCGCUGAUUGACGUUCAGGCGGCGUGCCGGUCAGUGGGCAUCAGUGAGGCCACAGUGGCAAGUGCAGUGCGGGCCGGCAAUGUCAAUACGGGCAGGGAGGUGUCGGUACUGGAGGUCCUGGCGCUGCUGCUGAGCAUGCGCUGUGACGGCCUGGGCGCCGUGCUGCGCAACGCGUUUGAAGUAUUUGGGCAGCGAGGCGGCGACAGCGGGGACACCAGCAGUAAUGGCAGCGCCAGCGCACGACUUGAGGUGCCAGUGCUGCUGCAGCUGCUGGGGUUCUUGGGGGCGCGCGACCCCGAGGUGACAACGGCGAUGCGCGAGGGCGUGGCGCGUGCCCUUGACGGCCACGUCAGCGUCGACCUCAAGAGCCUCGCGGGUGUGCCGGCGCUGGCGAGCAAGCUGGCCUUAGCAUGA